GGAAGGUGUGAAUUAAGAUAGCAGAUGAAGAAGAAUGAAUAUUCACUAGUUACAAAUAGGGUAAUAGUACAAUCUAUAUAUACGGAGUAUAUUAAAUCGAGUUAAGUGAAGUUCUCAUUCAUCUGUUUAGGGUAUUUUUGUAAAAUCCUUAUCAUUUACUGAUCGCUUCUAUCAUAUCACUACUUUCAGAAGUUCUAGCAUCGCUGAGAGCAUCCUCCUCCUACACGGCUCUUUGGAGUUUCAGCACAGUUCUUCAAUUCCUUUGACAUCUGUUGGUCACGCGCUUGCUAUCUCCAACUUUCUCACUCCAUUAUUUCUGAUUCUAUCCAGAUAUCCUCCGCUGUUCUGAAGACGGAUGGCUAUUUCUUUUCAUCAUUACCUUAUUAUUAGCAUCCUGGCCGUAGCCAGAGAGUUUGCUACCAUAUACCGCUUCGAGACUCAAAGUUUCUGAUUUUGGAUUGACUGCUCUCUCCAGCAAAUCAGGAUAAUCGCAUGGUUAUCUACCCCUUACCCUUGCAAUGGUUUUCAUAGCAAAUACGGGUAAUCGUAUGGUUUUUGUAAGGUAUGUGUCCACAUAUGUUUUCAAGAACCCUUAAUUAAGCAGUUGGUCAAUAAAUAUCUCAGAGUAAAGGGCAGCAAGGUUUGCUUAAAUACUAGCCUCAUGUUUUUUAAACAUUGGUGUACAAUUUAAAAGUGUAUAUAAUGCGUAUGUCCAUUAGUUGUAGGUCUUCCGUUUCAUACCCACUUGGCCUGUUGUAAUUCUUAUAUCCAAAUUAUUUACUUGGUCACAAAACCAUCAUGAUUUGUGCCCUUAUUUUUGUAACUUAACAUGAGGAGUGACAACUUGGGCAGCUAAAACGACUCAUAUUUAUACUUAGACACCAUAUUUUCUCUUAUUCAACAAAUGGUGUCUAUUAAUUCUUCAUAGGCCCUCAGGUUUUGUUCUCUAAUGCAUAUUCUACGGAUGCCAUCUUUUUAUAAAUUUACAGCCAAGGUAGCCUCUUAUUCAAACCUUUUAUAAAGAUUCAAACAAAUACUCCCUCCGUCCCCUUAAGUUUGUCCCGUUUUACUUUUUUCGUCCGUCCCACUAAGUUUGUCCCAUACCAUAUUUGGUAACAUUUGAGUGGUUAGAAUUCAUUCUUACUUUAUUUACACUUUAUCAAUUCAAUACCAACCACACUUUUUCUUAAAAACCACACCACACCCCUCCGUCCCAAACUUAGGGGGACGGAGGGAGUAUUAACCUAUAAUUCAGCAAAAAAAAACUUUAACAGAUCAUAGUGGAAGCAUAGAAGGGGGGCCUAGGAAUAUUCUUAGCUAAUAUAAAUAGAUUGCAGUUAACAUAUGUAAUGGUACAAAUAGGUUAGUUGUUUGGUAAAAUAAGUACUUUUUGUUUAAUAGAAAAAGUGAAAAGCAGUUUAAAACACCCUUCCACCUGCUUCCAACUUUUAGCUUUUAGGUGAUUAAUUUCAAGCUGUCGUUUGAGAACACUCUUUUCAGCUUUUUAAAGCCAAAAGUUGAAAAACGCUUUUUUUAAGCAACUGCAAACAUUCCUUUAAACAAAGUUUUCAAAAUAAUAGAACUGACUAGGGAAAUGGGAUGACUUCAAUAUAAUUUGGUACCCCGUGCAACGCACGUGUGAAAUACUAGUACGGAUGUAAAAGGCUAACAUGCUAUAUUAAUAUUAAAAAGUAAAGCAGUCCAAUAAUAUUUGGGCCCAAGAUAAGAUCCGGUCCAAUUCUUUAUUCUCGAAAGCAUCAUUUUCUGAAACUGCUAUUUUUCGAAUGAGUUGGACUUGAUCGAGGCACACACUUUUACACAUGUCUGUGUCGGUUUUUUUUCUGUACAGAAAAAACGUAUUGUCUGUACAGACAAAAAAAACCUACACAAAAAUGUGUAAAAGUGGGUACAUAAAAAAAGUGUGUCCCUUUAGAUUUUUUCUUUUCGAAUUCGAAACCGAUGCUUAAGAAUAUAUACCUGCAUGAUUCUAAAGAUUAGUAUCUUAGAAGUUCCCUCAGGAGAAGAAACCUUUUCCAGUUCUACAGGCUUGAAGUCAAUUAAAGUUAUCACAAAGAAAAGCUACCAUGAAAAGUAAGGUAUUAUCUUGAUUAUAUUCCCAAAAAUCUCAUUGUUUUGUUUUUCUUUUUUUCGUCUCCGUAUAUAAACCCCAAAAGAGCUUGUGAUAUUUACCAGCCACACAAAGGAGUUUUUUGUAUAUAAAUUCUUCAAAGCAGUCGUAUUUAAAAAAGAAAAGGUUUAUUUGAUGGAAAUGGGUUCAAGCAUGAAUUCUCCCCCAGCUGAAGUUGAUUCAUGUUUUGAGCCAAAAUAUGCCCUUCGAAUCGGAUUAGGGGUAGAUCCUGACGUUCUUGAGUUUCGUUUACCAUUAGGGUUGAAGAAGGAGCAAAUAGAGCUUUCGUUAGUUACAACUACAAUAACCAAUAAAAAUAACGAUGAAAGCAAAAUUAGAAGCUUGAGGAUGAAAUUGUUGGGGUUGCGUCCAAGGAGUGAUAAUGAAGAGGAGGAGGUGGUAGAGAAGGAGUUUCGCAUUCCAACGGGAGGAAGGUACGAUGAGCAUGAGGAAAUCGAGGCCAGGUUUCAACGUCGAUCCUCCAUUCUCUGUGUCACUCUCCCAAAACGGAUCGGAUGACUUAGGCAUAGUAGGCGGCGGCGACCACAUCUCCGGUGCCGGAAAGGAGGAAUUAUUAUUAUUAUAUCAGGGCAAACCACCAAAUACAUAGCUGCAUCAUAUCAAAUAAUGUCUUAUAAAUGUAUAGCUAGCUAGUGUGUAUAUAUGUUGUACACAACAAUAUAAAAUAACUUUCCAUUCGACUGUUUCAUGUUUCCAUCAUUUGUUUGUUCACAUCAAAUAAUAUCUAUAGCAGAAAUCGCCCUAAAUAAGAGUAAAAACGUAUUGAAAUUCCAAAAUAGGACUAUCUUGUUUUUUAUCCCUUGAAUAUGAGUAAUCUGCCAAGCUUGGGAAAAAAAUGUCAUGUUUAAAGCCUAG